AUGCAAAAUCGUUACAGUACUUCCAUAUCUUUACAACGAGAACGUCGGCUUUAUAUUCAAAUGCUCGGACUGUUCAUUGGAUUCACUAUGUUCCUGGUCUACCAUAUUAUGCAAUUCAUAUAUUCGCUCAACUCAAAUGAUGGUCCGAUAUUCACCAUGAGAAUCGUGUUCCCUUUGGUCAGCGUGUUUUUCUCAUAUGUCAACGCAUGGAUGAUAUUAUUUUUCAACGAUGAUAUACGAGCGAAAAUCUUUGUCCUCAUAGGACUUCGGAAGCAAAAAGUAAAGCUUUUUAACAACUCAUACCGUUGGGUAUCGGUUAUUCUACAAUGGACCGUUCCAAUGCUCUAUUCAAUUCCACUUCUUCUAUUCAGCGAUGCAACUUUCAAGGGCUUAGAAAAUAUGGAAGUAUUAGUUCAACAUAAAGACAUCACGAUAGCCACCUCGAUGACUGCCGUUUUCGUCACAACGACAUUUACACUGUGCAGCUUUUGUUAUGUGAAUAUUCUACGAUUUUUAAUAAGAAAUCGCUUUGCCCUCAGCCAAGCUUUAAAACGUGAACGACGCCUGUAUGCACAAAUGAUGGGACUUUUUGUUGGUUUUGUACUUCUGUUCAUUUUUUACGCUCUAAUAUUCAGCUUUUCACUCAAUGCUGAUGUGAGCGAGAACACUCCUAUAUUCACAAUGAGGAUGAUAUUUCCACUGGUCAACUGUUUCUUUUCUUAUAUAAACCCAUGGAUGAUGCUGAUUCUUAACGUUGACAUCAGAAGAAAAGUCCUGACUACGGUAGGACAGGUGGCUGCAUGUGAGCUUUUUAACAACUCAUACCGUUGGAUAUCGGUUAUUGUGCAAUGGACCGUUCCAAUGCUCUAUUCAAUUCCACUUCUUCUAUUCAGCGAUGCAACUUUCAAGGGCUUAGAAAAUAUGGAAGUAUUAGUUCAACAUAAAGACAUCACGAUUUUCUUGGGACACCUGAUGGCAUUGUCAUGGUCGCAAUGGAUUUUUGUCGUAGUCAAUAUUGUAUCACUACCACUUUAUCUUCUAAUUAUUACAGGCAUAGUGGACAUCUCAGUAAUGGCAAGCUAUUUUGUAUUUGGAGUCCUGCGAUCAUCAGAGUUGUUCAAUUCAAUCUUUUGGACGUAUCAAUAUCACUAUGUAGCAUCGUGGUGCUUCAAUCAAACCUACGUAUUGGCUUUUAUACGAUGUUUCGGUGUACUGCUGAUGUCAUUUCAACGAUACAUUUCUCUUUGUAAAAAUGGUCGUCCUAUUGAGCAGAUCGUGAACGUCUCCCAUCGAUGGACUCUGCCACUUCUGCAUUGGCUGCUUCCAUUUGCCUAUUCGAUUCCGCUUCUUAUACUGAGUAAUGCAACGUUCAAAGACGAAAAGAAUCUCGAAGUAGCCACCUCAAUGGCAGCUAUUUUCGUCUCCAUAUCGUUCAUACUCUGCGCAUCAUGCUAUGGAGCCAUACUGAGAUUCUUGAUUGUCAAUCGAUACAGCAGUAGUGUGGCUGUGAAACGAGAACGUCGUCUUUAUGUCCAAAUGUUGGGAUUAUUUGUGGCUUUCAUACUUUUACUUGUCUUCAAUAUUAUGCAGUUUAGAUUUUCGCUUUACUCGAAUGAUGGUCCAAUAUUCACGAUGAGGAUGGUUUUCCCUGUAAUCAGCUGCUUCUUUUCGUACAUUAAUGUAUGGAUGAUGCUGAUUUUGAACGACGAUAUGAGACGAAAAAUUCUGGCUCUGUUGGGUGUCCGAGAUGAGAGUGUUCAGAGCUCUUUCAACAGAUCUACGUCAACGAAGGUGGUCCCAAUGGGCAAAGCCAACCGAUUCUAA